CGCGUGGCCUCUGCGAGCCCAACAUCAGUGUCGGUGAGGGGUUGCGCCAGUUUCGGGGAUUUUCGGAUGUUCAAGCGGCUCUCUUGAAGGGAUUUAACACGCACGAGUGUGGAGCUCAACAUGGUGCAGCUGUCUCCCUCCCCUCCCCUGGAUGUCACCCCUCCACCUGAGCGCUCAGAGGAGGGGGAGGACAGACAGGAGGACCCAGUGAUGGCCGGGAGCCCCAAGGUGGGCUCGCCCUGUGGCCUGUACACCCUGGAGGUCUCCACAACCUACCACGACUAUGACAACUACAUAGAAGACGGUCUCAUCUGCCUCAGACACAAAGUCCGCAACCUUGAGAAAAAGAAGCUCAAACUCGAAGACUACAAGACGAGGCUGACCCAAGGCCAAGUGCUGAACAAGGAUCAGAUGGCGGCUGUGGAAAAAUAUGAGGAGGUGCAACAUAACCUCACAUUUGCACGGGAGCUGCACAAAACUCUGGACAGCCUGACUCAGAGCCUGCUGAGAGCUCAGAAGAAGGUGGUGAAGAAGGAGCAGUUAGCCAAGAUGGAGGCAGAGAGGAGGCGUCUGAGCACCGUGCUCCAGAUGCAGCACGUCCUGCACAGCCUGCAGCAGGAGCACGUCAGGAGAGACCUGCUGUCGGGACGCAACCAGGCUCCUCAGGUCCCCGCCCUGCAGCUGCACAGCCUGAGUCAGCUCGCCACCCUGCUGGGAGUCCAGAGGGACAGCAGGCUGAGUUUAGUGGCGCAGAUGGAGCGAGCGGCUCUGGCCUACGUGGAUCUGCUGGAGGGGAAUGACAAACCGGUGGCUGGAUCCACAUUUAAGCUGCUGAAGGAGGAGCUGACCAAACUGUUGACCUGCAAGUACUUCAGCGUUCUUCCUCCUCCACCCAACAAGCCUGCAGAGGUGCUGCUGAGCUCAACCAAUCACAGCACCACAUCGAAGUCCAAACCAAAUGAUGUUUCAAAGAAGGAGUUUUUCAACAGACUGUACCUGACUGACGCCGAGACGACCCCUCACACGCAGAACUGGAAGGAGGACUUCCAGGCCAUGAGCGAGCGGGAGCCUCCGGACUGCUGGGAUACGGCGUUCUCUGAAGGAGCCGCCUCGUCUCAAUCUGCGGCCAACAAACCGUGGAGAGGAGCGGCGGCUUUCAUCCCUAAAAUCCCCGUCGCCUCCAAGAAACCAUCUGCAAACUGCAAACAGAGAAAAGAGAGGCGAGCCAAAGGAGAGCAGCACAAGCUGGCCGUUCACAUGGACAUGCCCGUGGAGGUUUACAACGCUCCCUCUGCUUUACCCAAAGACCCCGUCCUGAGGAAGCAACACCUGGAAGACCUCAUGACCAAGAUCCACGGCUCCUUCAGCUUCAUGCAGGACUCCCUGCUGGAUGGUGAGAGCUCCCCCACUAAAGGCCACCCCAGACUGAAGAGAUGCACGUCUGGAUCUCCGUCUCCUCUGGCUCAAACUGACCGAAGGAGCCCCGUUGAUGUCCUUCCCAAAGCGAUGCAUUCCACUCCACUGCCUGCCAGGCUCCUGGAGCGCAAAGCCAGUCUAACAAACGGGGACGAGUGCCUGGAGAUCUGUGACCUGGAACUUUCCUCGACGACAGACCUACCUCAUGAGUCCCCACAGUUCGCUGAAAGAAAGAAGUUUGCUUCUCCACCGCUGUACCGCAGAGAGUCGAGUGUCUCUGUUGACAUGACAAAGAUGCCUGUGACUGAAUCAGGGAAGCAGUCACCCUGUAGUGGGCUGGCAUCUCGCACUUCCACCCCCCCGCUCGGACAGACUUUUUCCACACCGCCAUCAAGACGGACUCUGGCAUCUACACAGUUUCAGAGCAUCCAGUCGGUCUUCAAGGUGAGUGCCUCCCUACCUCAGAACGGGGACUACAAACCAGACUGUGCAGCUUUUGUCGAGCCCAGGUACAACACUGCUAGCACCCAGACCCCUCCUGAGUUUGCUCCUGCGGAAGACGAACUCCAGCCCGUUUAUGCAUCAGAUUACCCUGUGAGUAAUAGCGGACAGAUCUACCUUUCCCCUGGCCAGUCGAGUGGCAGCGUGAGUCGAGCCGGCCAGUCGUACUACAACAGAGGAUCUGUAAGAGGUAUGGCGCGUGGAGGCAAAGGACCGGCACACACCUUUCGCUCUUCUGGGUGGCAUCGAGGAUCCUACAUCCCCCAGAGUCAUUUCAGGGACUCUGGCCCUCUUCUCUAUGCUGCUCGAGACUCUGGUUACCAUCACGGCUACAGACGAGGAGGGAGGCACAACACGAGCGCCGCCUGGAGUGACUCGUCCCAAGUGAGCAGCCCAGACCGCGAGGGCGCCUUUACAAUCGUGGACUCGGGUCACGGGGAUUCCCUGUCGGUCUCAACAGUGGAGGUCCCCCUCACCCCCCACGGCCACCACCACCCCGCCCUGCUCCCCAUGCAGCUCUACCCGCUCACCCAGCCUCUGCGUGUCGCCUUCACCGCCUCCCGCACCGCCAACUUCGCCCCGGGCAACCUGGACCAGCCCAUCGUGUUCGACCAGCUGCACAGCAACCUGGGGGAGAUGUACGACACCCACAUCGGGCGCUUCACCUGCCCCGCCAACGGAACCUACGUCUUCAUCUUCCACAUCCUGAAGCUCGCCAUCAACGUGCCGCUCUACAUCAACCUCAUGUGCAACGAGGAGGUGAUGGUGUCGGCGUACGCCAACGACGGCGCCCCGGAUCACGAGACGGCGAGCAACCACGCCAUCCUGCCGCUCUUCCAGGGAGACCAGGUGUGGCUCAGGUUGCAUCGCGGCGCCAUCUAUGGCAGCACCUGGAAGUACAGCACCUUCUCUGGCUUUCUGCUAUACCAGGACUGAAGUACUUCUGGUCAAAUGGCGCUCCUCCCUCCACGUGUGGACUGAUGGUUUUGUACUAAAUGAGAGGAUCAAAUUGAUCUUCUCAUGGUCAGGCUGCAUGCCAGUUCACUUUUUUCACGCGCAAACCCGUUUCAAAAGGUGCGUCUGCUGCCUAAAGAUCAAUUCUGUGACUUAUUGAGGUUUACCAACGCACCUGAUUCCCCAUGGAUGAGUCGUUCUUCAUGGCGGUGCUUGCUAUGACAGAUAAACAAACACCUUGAAAACGUGACCUCUUACUGUGACUCGUACCUCAGGAGGUCACCUCUUCAGGUCACAGACAUGUUAUGAGUUUGUGCCUUCUUUCCUUUUUGAAUGGCUUUGGAUGACUGAUCAGAUAUAUCAAUGAACUGAAUGGAUGAAUAAUGAUUGCCUCUGGCCUCGCUGUGUGAAUGUGAAGCUGACGGAGUGUGUUCUUGGUGGUGGUGUGACGUGGUGUUGAACACUUGAGGCCGAAUUGUUGCACUAACAGACUACUGUGGAGAGAUGUGGUCCCUCGAUGUGCCUAAAUAAAAGAUGAGCAGUGAC